GUGGCGACUGUAAAAGUUGUAGACACCCCCGCAUAAAUUCAUUUUAUAAUCUCUGAACAGGUUUCACUGCACAUCAUUUGCGGGUGCCAAGAAUCCAGCGCGGGGGGGGGGGCAAGGUUCGGGGGUGCUGUGUAACCUGGAUUAAAAUCUUGCUAACGUCCCUGUGAAAGAAAACCAACGAGCUACUUGUUAUGCAACCCAUCCCUAUUACUAUUAGGCUUUCCUGCACAAAUAAAUGACGUAACGAUUCCCGUUAAGUGAAGGGGCAUACAAAUAUAUUCUCCUGUAUCGCGUUUGGAAGGGGAAACGUUUCACGAACUUGAGCUCGGACCCAGCUAUGUGCGAGCUGCUGCUUAUUUUCGUCCUGCUGCAGGCUGCAGGCACGGGUGGCACAAACGUAUUGGAUUACCUGGUGACUGUCACCUCGCAAGCCGUGAGCGGAAGCACAGAGACAGUUUGCGUCCACCUGGAGUCCCAGGUGCCGGUGACAGUCAACAUCUCACUGCUCAUGGAGGGUGACGAAACUGUAGUCUUAAUGGAGGAGGUGGUAGCUCCCCCUUUCUACCGCUGCGUGCCUUUCCAGAUUCCUGCUGUGUUCUCUCAUAGAGUGGCCACCUUACACGCCACUUUCAAGGGGCCCACAGAGCAUGUAACAGAAAAUACCAGGAUCUUCAUCAUUCCAUCUGGCAGUCUCCCCAUCAUGCAGACUGACAAACCAAUCUAUAAGCCUGGACAGGAAGUCAUGUUCCGAAUUGCAACAGUGGAUUUCAGUUUUUUGCCCCUGAACCAGAAGUACAAAACUGUGGAGUUGAAGGAUUCCAACCACAAUCGUAUUGCUCAGUGGUUAAACCAGUCAGCUGCCAGCGGGAUUCUGGACUUCUCCUAUCGCCUGAGUGCUGAGUCACCUCAGGGCAGCUACGUCAUCACUGCCUGGGACGAAAUAGGCAGACAGGCGUCCCAGUCCUUUGAAGUGCAAGAGUUUGUUCUACAAAAGUUUGAGGUAAAAGUACAUCUUCCUGCUUUUUGGCUUGUUCAAGACACUAAGGCAGCGUUGAAGGUUUGUGGAAAAUACACCUAUGGAAAGCCAGUCCAAGGAUCAGUUAAGGCAAAAGUGUGUUUAGACCCCGAGAUGACCUAUGAAUGCAUGACAUACAACAUGACAACUGACAGGGUGGGAUGUGCCUCGCAAACACUGGACCCGCCAGCAUUGGUAAUACCUGAUUACGGGUUGCCGAGUGUGCAUCUGUUUGUCGAGAGUGAGUUAGAGGAGUCUGGGACAGGAGUGAUCGUGAGGGGGAGUACCAUCUGGGAGAUGUACUACAACACUGACAUGAAAAUUGUCUUCUUUGAGAAGGCACCGGCCACUUUUAGACGAGGAAUCCUGUAUGAAGUCAAACUGAAAGCAAUCAGACGGAUCCAUUCCCCUAGGACGUUUCCCAUUUUCCCUGUGGCCAAUGAGCUUAUUAACCUUCGAGUGAAUUAUGGAGCGACAUCCGACACCUGGACACAGAGGACAAACAGAGAAGGCAUUGCCCUUUUCUCACUGAACACUUCCCACUGGGCACAAGACCAUGUAAAACUCCAGGCCUAUCCCCAAACAUGCACAUCACAGUAUUGCAGACAUGAGAAGACUGUCAAGGCAUUUUUUUCAAAGAGCAACAGCUAUCUGAAGAUCAUGCCAGUCCAGGGGGAGCUUCCAUGUGAUCAGGAAGGACAUAUCUGGGCAAAUUACAUCAUCCAGGGAGCAGCACUGCAGAAGGGCCAGGACUCACUGUACUUUUACUACCUGGUAUUUUCCAGAGGCCACCUUGUGCUGAAUGGGCAGCUGGAAAUAGCAGUGAAGGAAGCAGAAGUGAACACAGGUGAGCUUACUGUCCCACUGAGGCAGAUAAGAUCCUGGGCUCCCUAUGCCCAGCUGGUGAUUUACACGCUGCUGCCCACUCAGGAGAUCGUGGCAGACAGCGACAGCGUUCCCAUCCAGAAAUGCUUCAAUAACAAGGUGUCCCUCAAGUUCCCGUCCGUCCAGGAGCUCCCAGGGGAGGAGACGUUGCUGGAGCUGACAGCUCACCCGGGGUCGCUGUGUUCCUUGAGGGCCAUCGACCAGAGCAUUCUGCUGAUGGCACCAGAGCAGGAGCUGACUGUGGACUGGAUGUACAGUCAGCUGCCGCUGCAGAGGCUUUCGGGAUACCACCGGCGCGUGAAGGAUGAAGUGAGCAGCUUCCUGAUUUGCCGUAAAUCCCACAAUGACAUAUACAGCGUCUUCAAGAAAAUUGGAGUAAAAGUCAUAACGAGCUACAGCAUGAGGGCACCUGGGUCGUGCAGAAGUCGGGAACCUGAGACAUUCAAGCACAAGGACUUAGGUCGCCCGAUGUCUGGCCAGGAACGGAUUCAAUACACAGACAAGGCCACAGAAGAACCGCUGGAGCAAACCGUCCGCACCUACUUCCCAGAGACGUGGAUCUGGGACCUGGUGCCAGUUGGAGACUCGGGCUCCGUGAAUGUGACGCACACCCUUCCAGACACCAUCACCAAAUGGGUGGCGGGGGCUUUCUGCACCUCCCCAGUGGGCUUUGGCCUGGCCCCCAGCGCCCAGCUCACUGCCUACCAGCCCUUCUUCGUGAGCCUGACGUUGCCUUACUCUGUCGUCCGGGGUGAGGUGUUCACCCUCAAAGCCUCUGUGUUCAGCUACCUCCCCAGAUGUAUCAUGGUUCAGGUGAGCCUGAUGGAGUCGGCUGAAUUCACGGCCCAAGCCUGUGAAGGCUGCAAGUACAAGCACUGUGUGUGUGAAGAAGAGAGCAGGACCUUUAGGUGGAUCCUGAAGCCUGCUGCUCUAGGUGAGGUGACCAUUGCGGUAAGUGCAGAGGCCCUGAGGACACAGGAGCUUUGUGGGAACGAGGUGGUGACCACGCCAGAGAGGGGGCGUAUAGACACAGUCGUCAGGAAGCUGCUGGUGGAGGCAGAGGGAACGAAAGAUACCAUUACCCAUAAUGCACUGCUGUGCCUUGCUGAUGGUCCAGUGGAGAAAGAUGUGUCUGUGAAACUUCCAGAAGUGCAUGUCGAGGGCUCUGUCAAGGCCUUCCUUUCUGUGUUGGGUGACUUGAUGGGCCGGGCCAUGCAGAACCUCGACCGCCUGCUAGCCAUGCCUUAUGGCUGUGGGGAGCAAAAUAUGGUGCUCUUUGCUCCCAACAUCUACAUCCUAAGAUAUCUGGAGAGUACCAAGCAGCUGACCAAAGCGAUCCAGGAAAAGGCCAUCUGCUUCUUAAAGACUGGGUACCAGAGGGAGCUAAAUUACAAGCACAAUGAUGGAUCUUACAGUGCAUUUGGAAAGCACGACCAGUCUGGCAACACCUGGCUCACCGCGUUCGUACUGAAGUCCUUCGGAGGCGCAAGUCCGUACAUCUUUGUGGACCCGAGACACAUUGGCGAUGCCAAGCUGUGGCUACACAGGCAACAGAACAAGAAUGGCUGCUUUAGGUCAGUGGGGAAGCUCUUCAACAACGGAAUGAAGGGCGGAGUCAGCGAUGAAGUGUCUCUGACUGCCUACAUCACUGCUGCUCUUCUUGAGAUAGACAGAAACACCUCUAAUGCAGUGCUGGAGAAGAGCUUGUCUUGUCUGAGAAACGCCUCUGGCCAGCUGGAGAACCUCUACCUCACUGCCCUGCUCUCAUACACCUUCACGCUGGCUGGGGACCAUGAGAUGAGGAGCAAGUUCAUUAGCUAUCUAGCCAAGAAGGCAAAGAACACAGGUCAUUGGGAACUGCCUGGUACGUCAGGGACAAAGACAGACUCCCUGGCAGUGGAAAUGACCUCCUAUGUGCUGCUGGCGCUGCUGUCUGGCCCCAUGCUUCCUGACUUUGGCCUGUCCUACAUGUCCGGCAUCGUGCGCUGGCUGAGCCUGCAGCAGAACCCAUACGGCGGCUUCUCCUCCACACAGGACACAGUGGUGGCCCUGCAGGCUCUGUCACUGUACAGCGCCACUACCUUCAGCCCGGAGGGUGAAAGUACAGUGGUUGUGUCAUCGGCCGGUGGAUACAAGCGGGAGUUUGUAGUGAAUCAGCACAACAGGUUGCUGUACCAGGAGGACCGACUGACAGAAGUCCCGGGGGAAUACAGCAUCAAAGCGACAGGCCGAGGCUGCACGUUUGUGCAGAUUGCUCUGCAUUACCACAUCCCUGCUCCUGCUGACUUCACAGCUUUCAGCAUCACUGCCAAGGCAGAUGGGCUGUGCGACAGCUCAAGGAAGCCCUUGACAGUGUCUGUGGGAGUGAGAUACAAUGGGAAACGGGAUGAAACUAACAUGGUGAUUAUAAAGGUGAAGCUCCUGUCUGGAUAUUCACUGGACAAACCUUCCCGUGAAGCUAUGCUAAGUCAGCCCAAUGUAAAGCGGGUAGAAGAGGAUGAUGGGCAUAUUUUCCUCUACGUGGAUGAGCUGACGAAAAUGAAGUCCAACUUGUACUCUCUGACCAUAACCGAAGAUGUACCUGUACGGAAUCGAAAGCCAGCUGUGGUGAAGGUGUACGACUACUACCAGACAAGUGAUGAAGCUGUGAGUGAGUACAGCUCCCCUUGUGCAGACAGUAAGUACUUUUUGUUCUCUCACACAUGAUCUUCACUAAUCAACCGUCAGUGUGGUUGGUUUUUCCCUAAAGAUCAAAGGGAGUGAUUCUACCACCAUCCCAGCUGAACUCACCCUUACUGUCAGACACAGGAAUCCCUACGCAGCGGAACUGUCACCGCUGCGGAGUGGGUACAACGAAAUUCAGCCCCAGAUCUACUGAAACAUGUAAAUCUGGCUGUGUGGUGACUGCGUGUGCAGAGAAUGGAAGAAAAUGAGUGACAGCACGCCACUUCCCAAGGAGAAGCUCGGGAGGGCGCCGUUCGUGGCUUCAGCCGUGCCUCUCAUGAUAAGAAUGAGAUUAGAACAGAAGAUGGUUAAGCUGCCAGCUUCCCCCAAAUUGGGAUGGAGACUGAAAGGGGAAAAAGUGACUGGUUUUUGGUUUCUUGCAGGCCACGGCUUUAAUGAGCUGUAGGGCGGACGGUGCCGUGUGACUGGAGAGCUGGACCAGCCCCCUGACCAUGAUGCAUGAUCAAGCAAGCAAGCUGAUCAGCUGUGCAGAUGUUUCCAGCACUUUCCCUGGGUCGCCCCUCAGUGUAUAUGCUAACAUAGAUACUAACACACCAGAGAUUUAUUUUAUUGAUUUUAAUGCUACUACAUUCUCAAUUUAAAAAAAAAAAAAAACAUCUUUUGAAUGGUCCUCAAGACUUCGUACUUAAACACAGUUAACUAAAUGAUAUCGUUUUAGCAGCCAAUAUUCUACCCCGACAGACGUAGGUGUUUCAGGGAAACCAUUUAACAUUCUGGCAGUUGAUAUUAUUCAUAUUAAUUUAGCAGAUUAACCAACGUUCCCUUUGUGUUUUCACUGUGGACAGAGGCAUGUGAAUUGGUAAUUCAGUGUAAUAAAGUAACAAAGCAAUUUCACUUGUGUGCACAAGCUAGUGGAGAGGAGUUCAGAUGAUACAACAUUUAAAACUGUGCCCAGACAGUGUUGGUACUAAAUUCAAAUUUAAAAGCUAAGACAGAUUUAUAUUGCAUAUAUGUAUAAUGUUUUCCUAAGCAUGAGCUUCAGACGGCCCCAGCUGAUCUUCUCCUGCAAAGCAUGUAGCUUCACAUUCAAACAUCCAGUUCGCCUUAACAAGGGCCACACAAAUCUGCUCAAAGUCAACAAACAUGAUUAUAAAAGAACCUCAUAUACAUGUAAAAAAUACUACUAUCCCAGCAGACUUUACGCAAGCUUUAGUCAAAUACUUGGAGCAAUCAUCAUGACAUGAAAGGUACAAACUACCAUAUACAAGCAUGAAUUGCAUAGCUACAGCACUGCCAAGUACCAUUCUCAUACACCUGGUAUAUAAAUUCCUAUAGACUGCCAGAAAUGCAAUGCUGCUUCAGCAUCAAGAAAAGGGUCAAAGUUCAACUUUUGGCCCAAGGACUGCAUUACAUCUGGAUCUGCUUGCAUACUUAAACCUGCUCACUGGUAACAUUCUCAGACAGCAAAAUCCCAUUUAUUGCUUAGAACUUGUACCAUUCUUUAAGGCAACGGAGAUGAUCCCUGAGUUCAUAUCAUAUUUGGUGGAUUAUGUUGUUUUUCAUUAAGGAAUGUUUUGUUGUUGCGGUUUUGUGUUGCGUGACAGUUAAGGCAACUGUUUUACUUUUUACUUUUUUACUUUUUAAUUUCAUUUGAACUCACUUUUUU